AUGAAGAUCAUGAAUAACGUAUGCCGGAUUUGUAUGGACAAGACUGGCACUCUGGUGUAUAUCUUCACCGAUGUCCGAGAUCUGGACCUUAACGAGUUAAAGGUGAGCCUCUCAGACAUACUGGCCCAGUGCACCAAUCGCCCAGUGGGACGUGGCGACCAACUGCCUCAGUACGUUUGUCUGUCCUGUGCCCUAGCCGCCCAGAUCGCCUUUCGGUUCAAGUGGAAGAGUGAACGGAGCUAUCAGCACUUCUGCCACGUUCUUAACAAGCCAUGUUUUCCGGAAAACAAGAAGGAAAGGGAUCGUCAUGAGGAUCAAACGAACUGUCACAACGAUCAGGAUAAAAAGCAGAAGCCGAUCCAAGCAGAUCGGCAUAAUCAUCAACAGCAGAAACCGCGAACACAUAUCAAAGAUAAUCAUGCAGAUGUUCCUGCUGAAUCUUGUUUUAUCCCAAAUCUUCACAAGAGGCCUACUCGAAGCGCAGAAAAGCCAGUUCAGUCCCACAAACUGACUCCAGGGUAA